GGCAGCAGAGCUCCCUGGUGCUUGUCGAUAUAAAAGUGGUGGGGUGCUGCAACAGCCUUGCCUUCUCACUCAGAAAACAAGCUAGAUACAAAUGGGAUCCUCCCAAGGGAAAACUGGGCAGCUGCUAUUGUGCUGUCAGUAUGGGGGCAUUCCCCUCCCCCCCCACUGGCUAAAGCCCUUGUGAGUAGGGAGCUUUCUCCAAUCCCAGAUAGAUUAGGGAGGCCAAUCCUAGAUUAACCUGACAGGGGAUUAGAAAGGCAGUCCAGUUAGCAGUUGUUAGAACGCAUCACGGGGUGUUGGGUAGUAGGUUCUUCCUUACCACAGGGGAGGAAAGAGUGAGGCAAAGACAGAGGGGUAAGAAAGUAUAACAGACAACAGGGCCACUCUGGCUCCUUAAGGUGGUUACUGUACAGCACAGUUCUCUCUGCUCCUGAACGGCUGAACUCCACCUAGGGGAAGUGCAGGGAGAAGGUGCAGUGUUGUCACAGCCUCAUUCAGGGUGGGCAGCCUUAAGCCAGAUAUGCAGUAGCUAAAGACUGUUCGAUGAGCCCCAGGAGGAAGAAAACUCAUCCCAACAGACAGGAAACGAAGAAACACUCAGCUCCAGGAAGAGCAAGAACAACAGUCGGUGUGACCAGCAACCAAAGAGGUGAGGUGGGAGAUCUGCCGACAGCUUCAACAUGAAUGAAAUGUACCUGCUUAAUGUGGAAGGAGUCAAGAAAAAGAUUUUACAUGGAGGCCGUGGGGAGCUGCCGGAGUUCAAAGAUGGGAGCAAGCUCACAUUCCACUUUCAGACGCUAAAAGACGACUUUGAGCGCAUGGUGAUAGACGACAGCCGACAGGCUGGCAUCCCCAUGGAGAUCAUUGUGGGGAAACUAUUCAAAAUCGAGGUGUGGGAGACCUUGCUGACCUCCAUGAGGAUCGGAGAAGUGGCAGAGUUCUGGUGUGAUGCUAUUCACACGGGCAUGUACGCGCUGGUCUCCAAGGGCAUGAGGAGGAUUGCGGAGGGCAAGGACCCGUUGGAGGGGCAGAAGCACCGCUGCGGGAUGGGGAACAUGUUCGACUACCACAGCACAGGUUAUGCGGACCUUGAUGAGCUGCAGAGGGUCCCCCAGCCUCUCAUCUUCAUCAUGGAGCUUUUCAAAGUGGACGACCCCUCAUCCUAUAAACGGGACACCUGGGCCAUGAACAAAGAGGAGAAACUGUCGGCAGUGCCCGUAUUGCACAGCGAAGGCAACCGGCUGGUCCUCCUCAAGAGAUACCAGGAAGCAGCGGCGAAGUAUCAGGAAGCAGUCAUCUGCCUGCGGAACGUCCAGGCCAAGGAGAAGCCCUGGGCUGAAGACUGGCUGAGCCUGGAGAAACUCAUCAUGCCCCUUGUGCUGAAUUACUGCCAGUGCCAGCUGGAGCUGGGGGAAUACUAUGAGGUCUUAGAGCACACCACCGACCUCCUCCAGAAGGACAAUGAGAACGUGAAGGCUUACUUCAAGCGCGCAAAGGCCCAUGCCGCCAUCUGGAAUGAGAAAGAGGCACGAGAAGACUUCCUGAGGGUGGCUCAACUGGACCCAUCACUGGGAGCGGCUGUGAAGAAAGAGCUGAGGCUGUUGGGGGAGAGGAUGAGAGAAAAACAUGUGGAAGAGCGGCAGAGAUACCAGGGCCUCUUCCAGCAGCCUCAGCUCAAGGGGGCAACAAAAGGGAAGGGGCAGUGGGGAGGAGAUGGGAAUGCUGGAGCUGGAAGGGAGGAGGGAGGAGGUUCUGCGGAAGGUAGGAAGAAGACAGAACUGGGAACAGAGAGCUCCACAGCCAAGGAGGAAGAACAAGACCAAGGGAUUUCUGGAGCAGAGGGGGGUACAAGAGAGGCAGAACUUGAAGAAAACACACAUGCAAAGAGGGAACAAGGCCUGGGGGAGUCUGGGGCAGAGACAGGACCUGGGAAAGAGAGUGCCAGAGCAGAGAGGGAAGAGCCAGGGGACGAAACAGACCAAGGAAAUAGUGAGGUCAAUGGUGGGAUGGAGGAGACAGGAUGGGCAUAAGAGAACGUAGAAGCAGAGAGGGAAGAGCCAGGGGAAGGAACACACCAAGGGAAUUCUGGGGUCAAUGGAGCAGGGGGAGGCCAAGGAAACUCAGAGACAGGCCUUGGAGAAAGAUAUUCCAGAGCAGAGGGAAAGAGCAAGCCCACGUGAUUGAGCAGCAGAGUCUCAUAGCGUUCAUGGCCAGAAGGGACCACUAGAGAGGCCUUGGAGAAGAGAAUGCCAGGGAGAGGAGCUCAGAGGCAGAUAAAGAAUGGAGAAGGAAAGCAGAAGGUUGCUCCAGCACUACAGCAGCAGAGCAGAACUUGGGGGAAGGGGUUGGGCCUGGCGCAGAGAACAGCAGGAUCCUUCGAGACGAAUGUUGAGAAAUAUAAGAUGCUUCCUUGCUAACACACUGUGGGGAGGUCAGCACUGAAGGACAGUGCUGCCACCGGCUAGGGCUGCCUAGGCAGGCAAAGAGAGGUAGGCACAGGGUCCCAGCCACUAUCAGUGUAGUGCAGGACAGCAGAGAGCCCAGGGAGGGAAAUUCAAUACAGAGGGCCCAGGGCCAGGCUCAGAUAGUGGGGGACUAGCAGGUCCAGUUGGGCUGCUCUGUGAGUAGUUAGACUCUGGCCUGAACGAACAGCCCUGGCUCAGUGAAAGGUGACUGGGUAUUGGCUGGAGCUCUGUGCCAUCUGUAUGGUGCAGGCUUCCUCCCAAACCCUGUCACUGCUGAGCCACCAAUGAAAGCAGGAUCUGACCACAUAACCUCACCCAACGUGCAGGAGCCAAGGCUGCCAACUUCAUCUUCGUGAAUCAGAUUGAUGCCUCAUGCACCUACUCUCCCAGCUCACUCGGUGCUAGAGCCCACGUUCACCCUGUGCUGGGUCAGCAGUGCUAACCCUGCUUCCUGCUGCUGAGCUUGCUCACUGAGAAAUAAAGUGCAUCCCUGGCAGGAUUC